AUGAUCUUUUUGGGUUCUGUCCUCUUCGCAGUCGCCAUCUUCUUUGCAGGACAGAUGUUUCGGCCUUUCUCUACGACAGCAAGCCAACCGACCUUCUUGGAUGACGACGACGAAGAAUGCGGUUGUUUUGAUGAGUCCAGGAUGCAUCCCUUGUUGGAAAGGGGUACCUUCCGCAUCGAUUUCGGGUCAGCAUCCUCUUGCACAAUAGUGCCCAGCACUGGCGGUUUCUACCUGAUGGCCUGCGACGGCGUGGAACUUGAAUUCCUCGGCCUCAGCGGCUUCGGCACCAACCCACGAGCUGAAGAUCCAGUCGACGAAGACCAUCACUGCGCUAGGAUGCGCAAGUUGGGCGCAACUUUGUACUCGAGUGAUUGGAAUUACUCCACAAAGCAUAACUCGAUGAUCAAGGAUUCCAAACGGGAGGAUCCGAGUUGA